GGUUCACCCUCACCCUCAGCCCUCCAUCAUGCUCGAUACGUCAGGCAGUAUCGUGGUCACUGGUCCUCAGGGCGGUAUGACCUUACACUUCAUAGAGUCUUACUAUCAGAAACACCCCGACAACCACCUGGUUCUCCUGGUACGAGAUCCAUCCAAAGUCUUGCCUUCGCUCUCCACCAUGUCCAACUGUACCAUUCUCCGAUGUGAUCUGUCCGAUUUAUCGAGCGUUCGCCAAGCGAGUCAAGAGAUCACCGAUCGUGUAAAGUCUGGAAAAUUAUCACCUAUCGAAUGUCUCGUCGAAAGUGCUGCCGUCCAAGUCUGUGGACCCAACGGACCGCGAAUCACUCAAGACGGGUAUGAAGAGACGGUAGCUGUCAAUCAUCUAGCACAUUUCAUCUUGACUUUGGAUCUCUUACCGUCCAUGAAGCCCCAAGGGAGGAUUGUCAUCGUCGGAAGUGAUUCCCAUCGACCGAAUUACAAGUUUAUCAAGAUUGGACCAAAGUACAAGCCGAUCGAGUCCUUGCUCAAGGUGGAACCUGGUACAGACCCUUCAGGCUCAGGUGUUGAUAUUGGAAUGGCAAGGUACUCAACGAGUAAACUGCUUCAGAUGAUGACGGGUCACGAGCUCGCUCGACGGCUCAAGACCUCAUCGAAAUAUAAAGGCAUUCACGUCGUCAUGUUCAAUCCGGGAUCCAUGGGCGGUACAGGUCUCUUCCGAGAUAGAUCUUGGAUCGGUCGAGUGAUCCUAGGCUACGUUCUAAAUUGGACCAGAUUACUCAAUUGGCUUGAUCCAGCCUUGAUGGCAUCUCGAAAGGAAGAUUCAGCGGCUGUCCUUGAGAGAUUGGUCGAAGAUCCUUCGUACGCUUUGACCGAACCUAUCGACGAGGAGGGACAAACGAUCUCGGGUGUAGGCGCCGGUGCACCUUACUUUGACUACGCUGGGAAUCAAGCUAGCACACUGGGAGAAGCGAAUGAACAGGAGAAAUGUGAGGAAUUAUGGCGAGAUUCAGCGACUCUGUUAGGGUACAGCGGAGAAAAGGCGCUGAUCUAAGGGGUUUGAAGUCCAUGUCACA